AUCUGCUGGUUGAGAAAACUGUAAAGAUGGUUGGCGUGUGGAGGUAGUUAAGUUGAAUCAAUGCAUCAAAAUUGCCAAUAUUGUGUCUUGCGAUGUCACGGUUGGCAGAUUACUUCGUAAUUGUAGGUUAUGAUCAUGAGAAAGAAAGAAGUGGAAUAAGCAGUGGAAUUAUCUUGCAAAGAUUUCCAGAGAAGGACUGGAGUGAUACACCGUUCAUUGAAGGGAUAGAAUGGUUUUGUCAACCACAAGGAUGGGCCCUAUCAACAGAGCGCCAGGAACCACGAUUCUUUGUGUCCGUUUUGACGGAUAUCGAUGCAAACAGACAUUACUGUGCUUGUCUGUGUUUCAACGAAACUGUUGCCUUCACACCCAGCAAACCUGUUGAUGAGGAAGAAGAUACUGUUGAUGGGGAAAAUUCUCAUCCUCGUAGCUUGACUGGAAGUCUCACACGGAGCAUUGCUACUAUAACGCAUCACAGUAUCAUGUAUGCUCCAAAAUGUCUGGUUCUUGUUUCAAGACUGGACUACAUUGAAACUUUCAGGAGUUGCCUAGGAAUUAUCUAUACGGUGUAUGUGGAAAACAUUGGUGUUCCAUUGGAGACAUUAGUUGGCAACAUCCUGGGAUGCAUCCAGGUACCUCCACCAGGAGGACCGCAGGUUCGCUUCAGUAUUGGGGCAGGUGACAGGCAAGCACUACAGCCACCAAUAAGCCCUUCUUUGCCUGUUACUCAUACAGCUGUGAAUCUGCUAUUUCAGCAACUAGGUAUCCGUAAUGUACUGGUAUUGUUUUGUGCGAUUAUGACUGAACACAAGAUUUUGUUCCACUCAAAGAGUUACACACGCCUGACAGAGGGUUGCCGGGCCCUGACAGCCCUUAUGUAUCCGUUCCGUUAUACCCAUGUGUACAUUCCACUGCUGCCAGCAGCAUUGGUUGAAGUUCUUUCUACCCCAACCCCUUUCAUCAUGGGUGUCCAUUCUUCCCUUAAAGCUGAAGUUGCUGAGCUGAUGGAUGUGAUCAUUGCAGAUCUGGACGGUGGUUCCAUUUCAGUACCUGAUGGUGUAUCAUUACCUCUUCUUCCUGAGCCCCUCUUGAGUCACAUGCAGGAGUCACUGAGUCUGGUUCUGCAACCUGAGCUGUGUUGUGCAGAUCAUGCAUUCCCACCCCCGGCUGUGCGUGCUAUUCAGCCUGCAAUGCUGGACAAAGAAAUUCGUUCUGUGUUCAUGAGGACAUUUGCUCAGCUUCUUCAGGGAUAUCGGAGCUGUUUAACCAUCAUCCGCAUUCACCCUCGUCCUGUCAUCACGUUUCAUAAGGCUGCAUUUCUGGGAGAACGAGCCCUGAUGGAAUGUGACUUUGCAACGCGAGUUCUUGACUGCAUGUUCUUCACUGGAUUUGUGUCGGAGAGAGGUCCGCCAUGGCGAUCAUGUGAUGUUUGGGAUGAAUUGUACAGCAGUAUAGGGGACCAGCUGCGCCUUGAGGUGCAGGACCAACGCAUGCUGCUAGUUCACAUACAGGAACUUGCACAGCAGUUGUAUACAAAUGAAAAUCCAAAUCCUCAGCCGUAUGUUCAGAAAAUCUUGAAACCGCCCGAUGGAGCGUUUGCACGUAUUCACCAACUGCCCUUCCCUUCAGUCAGUGCUUCUCAAGUGCAAGCAAUUAUUGAUGAAGGACUUGCCAAAAACAACCUUAAGUCAAUCCAUGGUAGUGCUGGUGAUUUAGCAUGGUUAUCAUCCAUGAGGCCAGUGCAGCCACGCAUUGUUCCAAUGGGUCCACACAUUUCUAAUAUCCAUGAUCCUCGUCACAUAGUCAGCAACUCAGCUCGUCGCCUGGAGGUAUUACGCAAUUGCAUCAACUGCAUCUUUGAGAACAAGAUAUCUGAUGCACGCAAGACAUUUCCUGCUGUUCUUCGUGCACUGAAGUCAAAGGCUGCCAGGCUUGCUCUUUGUACUGAGUUAGCACAGCAUGUAGUUGGCAACAAGGCCAUGUUGGAGCACCAGCAGUUCGACUUAGUUGUGAGACUUAUGAAUUGUGCAUUGCAGGAUGAUUCUGCUAUGGAUGAGCAUGGAGUAGCUGCUGCCCUCUUGCCAUUGGCCACAGCAUUCUGUCGCAAACUUUGCACUGGUGUUAUACAGUUUGCGUACACCUGCAUACAGGAGCAUGGAGUAUGGCAGAACCAGCAGUUCUGGGAGGCAGCCUUCUAUCAAGAUGUACAAAAAGAUAUUAAGGCACUGUAUCUUCCAAGGAUAGAGACCAGUCCACCGAACCAUCACCUUUGUGACACAGCUCUCAGUCCAAGAGAGAACAAAGACUUUCCUUGGAAAGACAGAAGAUCAGGCUUCACCAGAGCACAGGAACCUUCAGCACUAGAAAUUGCAGCAGAACAGAUGAGAAUCUGGCCAAAUCUUGACCCAGAGAAGCAGACUGAACUGGUGAGCAGUGAGGAGUCCACAUUGUACAGUCAGGCUAUCCACUAUGCCAACAGAAUGGUUUCUCUGUUAGUUCCUUUGGACAGUAGCUGUCGGAUGCACAAGCAGGAUGCAGCGUUUGAUGAUGAGAGGGCUAGCAACAGCAUUACAAAUAGUGUGGCAGAGAGUGAUAGUGCUGAUGCAGAAUCUGGGUUUGAAGAACAAGACCCAGGUGAAAUGGGAGCAGCUGUUAUCAGAAUGGUGUCUCGCUUUGUAGACAAAGUCUGCACUGAAGGUGGAGUCAGUGCAGAGCAUGUGCGCAGUUUGCAUCAAAUGGUACCUGGAGUUGUUCACAUGCACAUUGAGACAUUGGAAGCAGUCCACAGAGAAUCCAAGAGGUUGCCACCCAUUCAGAAGCCAAAGAUCCUCACUCCAAAUAUGCUGCCUGGUGAAGAUGCUGUUAUGGAAGGUUUACGGGUAUACCUGCUGCCUGAUGGACGUGAGGAGGGUACCGGUGGUUCAUUGGGAGGCCCCCCUCUCUUGCCGGCUGAGGGAGCUAUUUUCCUUACAAAUUAUCGGAUUAUAUUCAAGGGAAUGCCUUGUGAUCCUUUUGCAUGUGAACAGUUAGUUGUGCGAUCUUUCCCAGUCACCUCCUUAACCAAGGAGAAACGAGUUACGGUGCAGUAUCUAGCUCAUUUGGAUCAGUGGCUUCAGGAAGGACUCCAGCUCCGGUCCUGCACAUUCCAGCUUUUGAAGCUGGCAUUUGACGAGGAGGUAACACCUGAGAAUAUUGAAAGUUUCCGAAAGUUGGUGCACCGUGUUCGCCAUCCGCCUCAUAUCCUUCACCACUUUGCAUUUACUGGGCAGGUAGUGGUACCACAAACACCAUUACACAAGGGCAAGGAGAAGAACGCUACUCUCAAGGGAUUUGCCAAAAAGACCUUGUUAAAAACAGCUCGGAAAGCUGGAUUUAAACCCAAAACUUCCUCAAAGCGGCAGAAAUAUGUAUUACCAAACAUGAAUAGUAGCAACAAGUACCUGACAUCCCCUGGUCGCAUGAGUCUUCCAGUUACUGACCCUGGUGAUUUUGGGCAUGAUGAUGACAUCUCAGUUGAUGAGUUUGAAGUGCCAGGACCAGGACUGGUGCCACCAGCACCUACUGAUGCCAAGACGCUAGAAAGGUUAUCAGAGAGGAGCUACGUAAGGGACUGGUACAGGCUUGGACUCGUUAGUAGUAGCCUGUCAUCCAACUCAGGUUCCCGACAGCACACUGAGCCAUUUCGCAUCACAACUGUCAACAGCACUUAUAUGAUGUGUCGAACUUAUCCUGCCUUGCUAGUAAUGCCAGUGGGUGUAACAGAUGACAGUAUCCGCCGAUUCUGUCGUUGCUACCGACAUGGUCGUAUCCCAAGCAUCACUUGGAGGCAUCCUCGGACAAGAGCGUUACUUGCUAGAGGUGCAGGUUAUCAUGGAAAGGGUGUCAUGGGCAUGCUCAAGAGUCACCCAUCUACUACUGUUUCCACUUCAGAAACUACAUCAUCCGUGGAGCAGGAACGGUACCUAUCAGCACUGGUCUGUGCUACGCCCCUGUCUGCACUUAGACAAGGUUCAGCCUGGCACAUGUCUGAUAGUACCCUCAGUAUUGAUUCUCUGCUACUGGCAGCUGAAGAUCAUGCGCAAGGUUCUGGCACUUUAACCCCAGAAGUGUCUCGUAGGGCUAACCCAUUCAAUAAGGCCAUGGGGACUCUUAGUGAAACUUAUGUGUGUUCCAGUGUAUUCCCACGGUCCAGUGGAGGCAAGGGUCCUAAGAGUUUCGGGAGAUGGGGCUCACUAAAAGACCGCCGCCAUAGCUCUCAAGGAUCAUUAACAACACUGUCUGUGCCUCACCGUGGUAAUCCGAGGCAUUCGGCUGACUCUGAUUCUGGUACCGAGUGUGUCCAGACCUUCCAGAGGGCAGCACUUUACAUCCUGGGAGAAAAGGCCCAGAUGAAGGGUGUGAAGACAGAGUCAGCACCAAAGGCAGAUUUUAUCCCAGUAGAGUAUUACGAUGUGCGACACACGAAGGCAGCUUUCAAGAAGCUGAUGCGUGCUUGUAUCCCCAGUUCACCAAACCUUGAGCCUGAGCAGAGUUUCCAUAAGUUGAUAGAAAGUUCAGAAUGGCUUCAACAGCUUCAGAACAUUAUGCAGUUGGCUGGAGCCGUGGUGGAUCUGUUGGAUGUCCAGGGUUCUUCUGUUAUGAUCUGCCUGGAGGAAGGCUGGGACAUAACUGCGCAAGUGUCAUCACUAGCGCAGUUAUGUCUGGAUCCUCAUUACCGCACACUGGAUGGAUUCAGAGUGCUGGUGGAGAAGGAGUGGUUGGGAUUUGGACACAGGUUCAGUCACCGCAGCAACUUAGCUGCCACAUCCCAAGCCAGUGGCUUUGCUCCUACAUUCCUGCAGUUCUUGGAUGUGGUUCAUCAAGUCCAUAAACAGUUCCCGUUGGCUUUUGAGUUCAAUGACUAUUAUCUCCGCUUCCUGGCAUACCACUCAGUAUCUUGUCGGUUCCGCACUUUUCUCCUGGACUGUGAACUGGAGAGGGUGGAGUGUGGUAUUGCAGCUGUGGAAGAUAAGCGUGGAUCGUUGGCUUCACAUCACAAAAGUGUGGACACUGGCUCAGAUGAUGAGGGAGUAUAUCCAGGGGGACGGCUGGCAGGCAGCAAUGCAGGUCCUAACCUAGGGCAAUCUGUGUUUGACUACAUUGAGAAGCAGAGUGCCAGGUCACCACUGUUCUACAACUUCAUGUACACACUUGACUCUGAGCAUCCUGUUCUGAGGCCACAGUCUGCCCUACCUAGUCUUGAAGUGUGGAAUUAUUACUUAGGAGAACAAUUGGCUCAUGGUCCCAGUUAUGAUCUCGAAGUCAUUCAGCUGGAUUCUCAGCAGGAGGAGGAAGCGGAGGCUGCUGAUGGAAUUGUUAACAAGUCAGCUCGAAGAGUUGUUACAGUGGGAUAUGAUGAUGUGGACUGUAUUGUACCUGAUGGGUUUUCCCACCUGCUGGAGGAAAUUCACAGGUUGGAAACUGAACUAGGACAUCUGCCACAGAAAUGGAAGGUUCUUUGGGACAAACUUGAACUACCAACAGCAGACUCCCUGACUAGGCAUGCAUCAUUCAGUACCCAACUUGUGCGCUCACAUGGACGUCUCCUACACAAACGUUCUACUUUGGAGAUACUGAUGCGAGGCAAGAUGGCAGGAGCAGCAGAGGCAGCUCAGCACGUGUAUUCACAUCCUCAUCGGUUUGAGCGCUACAGUUAUACAACACCUACAUACUGUGACCUCUGCACUAAUGUGCUUUGGGGCCCUGUCAAGACUGGUAUGCGAUGUGUGGAUUGUGGCUAUAGUUGUCAUGAGAAGUGUGCAGAGGGCGUUCCCAAGAACUGUACAAAGUAUAAGGCUGUGGCUGAUGGGAAUCUAACAACACAAACUCUCACUCGUAGUGGUGGAGACAGUGGGUCUGUUACCUCCAGUGUUACAACAAUCCAAACAUCAAGUCAGCAAUACUAUGACCAGUUUUCUUCUAAUGUGGCAGAAAACCGAACACAUGAAGGUUAUCUGUACAAGCGUGGAGCUUUGCUCAAAGGCUGGAAACAGCGCUGGUUUGUCCUUGACUCCAUAAAACACCAACUGCGAUAUUAUGAUGCAAUGGAGGAUUCUCAUUGUAAAGGAUAUAUAGAUCUGGCUGAGGUGAUGUCCGUAACUCCAGCGGCCCCAGCACCUGGUCCACCAAAGAAGACUGAUGACAAAUCAUUCUUUGAUUUGCGAACAAACCGAAGGACAUACAAUUUCUGUGCAAGUGACGCAUCGACCGCACAGGAGUGGAUAGAGAAAAUACAGGCUUGUCUCCAGUGAACAGGUGCUCACUCGAAACAAAUGUGAUUAAUGAUGAUAUUAAUUAUAUAGUUUUCUCUCUUAUUGUUAGUGGUCCAUUGUGAUAGUUGUACGGAGAUGUUGUAUAAUGGACUGUGUUCUUUCAUUGUCGUGUUCAGCAUGUAACUGUGCAAAGUGUAAUAAUUUAUUAUAAUGGAAAUUGAACUGUGUAAACAUUUUAUUAAAUAUGACAGUCCAGUUUAACAGUUGUUGGAAUUUAUAAGAUAGUUACAAAACUCCACCAUAACCCUAGUUUUAAUGGUUUCAAGAAAACCACAAAAUUGCGGUAUAGGUUUAA